AUGCCCUCAUUAGGGGGCUCAGAACCUUUAAUGCACCGUAUGGUGAAGUACUUGGCACUUGCCUCUUCAAUGAACAAGAAAGAUGCAAAAUCAAGUGCAUCGGGGAUUUUGUAUGUGGAGCCAACUAUCCUGAAACUGCUAAUCAUUUGGCUCUCCGAUUGCCCAAGUGCUGUGCAGUGCUUCCUAGAUUCACCUCCUCACCUGACAUAUUUGCUUGAGUUAAUAUCAAACCCAACCUCAACGGUGUGUAUAAGGGGACUGGCGGCAGUACUUUUGGGAGAGUGUGUUAAUUACAAUAAAUGUUGUGACAGUGGAAAGGAUGCUUUUAGCAUAGUUGACCAUGAAUUUAACAUGAAUGCAUCAUUGGUUACCCCUGCAUUACUGUGGAAAGA